GACUUUAUUGGAGCGACGGGCGGACCUUUGGAGGAUGCAAUUACAGUCGUUAAAGAUGAACGGUGGAAACGAAUUCGCAGCACAAUCUCUCCCUGCUUCACCAGUGGGAGACUGAAACAGGUUUUUCCCUUCAUUGCUCGCUUCGCAGACCGACUUGUGGCAAAACUCGGGGAAAUGAAUUUGAAUGAGCCCGUAGAGGUUAAAAAAUUUGUGGCACCGUUCAGUUUGGAUGUGGUGACCAGUGCUUCCUUCAGUGUGGAAAUCGACUCGAUAAACAAUCCUGAUGAUCCCGUUAACACUCACAUGCAGAAGAUAAUGAAAAUCAACUUUCGACUUUUUUUGUUACUGAUGGUGUUUCCCUUAGGUCGUUAUCUGCUGAAGCUCUUCAAAAUUGAAAUGCUAUCGAGACCCAGUGUGGACUUUUUCUACAACAUCAUCAAGAAAUUUAAAGACCAACAUCAAACAGAUGAAUCUACUCGAGGAGACUUCCUGCAGGUGAUGAUUCAAAGCGAGAUCCCAGACGCGGACAUAAAAAACGAAGAGGAGCAACCAACUAAAGGUUUGACUGAACAUGAGAUCCUUUCUCAGGCCUUGAUGUUCAUCUUUGCUGGCUACGAGACGACCAGUACAACUCUGUCUUUCAUUUUCUACAAUCUGGCCACGAACCCUGAUGUGAUGCAGACCUUACAGGAAGAGAUCGAUGCUAACCUGCAUGAAGAUACUCCCAUUUCGUACACCGACCUGUAUAAUCUGCAGUACCUGGACCAGGUUAUUUACGAGUCGAUGCGUUUGAUUUCCACCGCACCCCGGCUUGAUAGGGUUUGCAAAAAGACCGUGCAGAUAAAUGGGAUCACCAUCCCCGAGGGAACAUUAGUUGGGGUUCCGGUGCAUUUGUUACACAAGGACCCGCGGUUUUGGAGCUCGCCUGAGCUUUUCAGACCAGAGAGGUUCAGUAAGGAGAACGAGGCAGACCUGAACCCGUACGCCUACAUGCCGUUUGGCCUCGGCCCUCGUAACUGCGUUGGGAUGCGCUACGCGAUGCUCGUCAUGAAGAUGGUCAUCGUGCGCCUCCUGCAGAGUUACACCUUGGAAACCUGCAAAGACACUUCGAUUCCACUGGAGUUUAACUGGAUAUUUCAACCCACCAAGCCCAUAAAACUGAAGUUUGUUCCAAGAAAAUCAUAACAAGAUUACUAUCUUCAAAUAUCAUCUACCUAGUUUCUAUCAAAUAUUCUUUGUUAACGAGUUAACAUUUCUUUAUUGGAGACUGCCUAGUAAAGGCAGCACCUUUAUUAUUAUGCACCUAGAAACAGGUUUCUUAACUUUAUAUCUUAGUCUUCUGUCAACUUUAAUGCGGUCUGAAUCACAAUGAGUACUCCCAGAAAUGUUGUAUCAAAACAACCUCAGAUGUAUUCUGAUUGUUUGGAGCCAUUUUGAGUCAAGAUGGCUGCCACAGCUACCUCAGCAAACACAACAUUGACAAUAACUCAGUCAUUCUUUGAGAAUUUGAGCUGAAAUUUACUCUGGUCAUUGCUGAGAGCGAGUUGUUAUAUGUUCCUGAUGCAAAUUAGAUAUCCAAGAUGGCUGCUGUAGCUAAAAGGGAAAAAAAAAAAUGAUAACUCAUCUGUUUUUAGAGCUAUUCAGCUGAAAUUUGCUGUGUUGGUUCCUGAGAGCAAUGCCCAUUAAAUAAUGAAUUCAAAUGUAAAAAUUCAAGAUGGCCACCAAAGCUACAUUUAAACGGCUUUAACUCUGCUAUUUUUACACACGUAGUGCUGAAAUUUGGUGAGGUUAUAGCUGAGAAUGUUCCCCAUCAUAUACUGAAUCCAGAUCAAAAUCCAAGAUGGCCACCUUAGCGAUGGAAAAAAUGACUGACUUAUUAAGUUUUUGGCAUACUGAGCUGAAAUUUGGUAUAGAGGUAGCUGAGCGCGAACCCCAACACAUACAGUAGUACAGCCAAAUCAACAAUUUAGUUUAGCAGCAGUGUGGCGGUCCCCGUCAUAGUUCCUACAGGAACUUUCAAGUCUUUGAAUAUUGACCAGUUUGAUUGAACAACAUUGAAUGUCUCACAAUUUACUCUUUUAACAAUUAGUUUUUAUUGACUGUUCAGUUUAUCUGAAUAUUCAACGUCUAUGAAGCCCAUCUAAAAGCUGUCUUUUUUUUAACCAAAGAAUGGCUUCAUUUCAUUUACCUGAACAAAGUGUCACCUCCAGAUGUUAUACUAUAGAUGUAUUUUUUCUAUAUUUACCUGACUGAUUUGAAUUUACAGAUGU